GCUGACCUAAGCCCCUUCGAAGCUUCAAUUCCCUCUCUCUCGUCCAGCGAAUGCGAGAGUGAGAGUCUCUGGUCUCCUUAGCUUUGUUCUGCUUCAGAAAUCGUCUGCUGGCUUGGUGGUUCCGGUUGUGGCCGAAUUACUGCUCUUCUUGUUAUUAUCGUUGCCGCCGUUGGAGAUCACCUCGUUCGGCCUGUGCGGAUUAUUCAAGCCUCAAGAGAGUACAACUUUGAGUUUCUGCUAUAUUUAGCUUGGCCCGUCGUCCACUGCGGGACAGCGUCUGGAACACCACCACUUGCUCCUCCCCCUUCCCAAAGCGCCCGGCAACUUGACACGCUUCCGCGCUUGACGAACUCUCCCGUCACUUUGUCAACUAAUCUUCUCGAUUGACCCUCUUCGUGGGGUCCCUUCGUGACUUUCCUUCCCCCUCCCCCUGGACCCCGUGCACGACUCGGCGUUCGCAGGCCGGCCCUCUUCCCAAAGCCGCACUGUCCUUCCCCUCCUCGCCUUUGCCGAUUCCCGACCUCUCCACCUCGGAGGUUUUCCUCGUCCACCACGGUUUGGUCCUGGGUGAUACAGACGAGUCCGGGCUCUUUUGGGAUUGCGAUUGGGGAAACAAAGAAGGUGGUUUGGCAUCGCUGCCCCUAUUUGUGUGCACGAGACUCCCCGACCCGCCCUCUCAUCCGAUCGGUUUGACGGACUCGCGACUUUCAAUCGCAAGUGCAAUCUUGUUGGCGCGCGUACCCAUCACCAUGCAAUAUUAGAUCUCGAGGAUCGCGAUUGAUGAAUACCACCCCCCAAUUCUCUUGCCGAUAUAUGAAGCGCCACUUAAUCUCGUCUCUCUUUUGCCCGUCAAAAAGCCCCUCCCCCCCUUGUCUGCGCUUUCUCCGAUCUGCCUCAAGAUGACAUCCCCGGCAUCGCCAAACACCCUCUCAGCGAGCACCCUGCAGGUUCUCCCUCCUAUUUUGACCGACAACACUGUCAAACCAUCUCCAAGCGCAAGGGAUCGCCUCUCCACGUACUCGAAUAUUUCUUUCGUUUCCCAAAACCGGUCACGACCUGGCUCCCACGUGUUCCCCAUCUUCCAUUCUAGCCUCCCUUACGCCUUGGUGCGAGACUUCGCCUACCCGCCAAUCCAUCCGUUGCACUAUGGUCCCCCUCCACCACACGCCUCGGGUGUGUCAACCCCCGCUAGCGAGUACCGUCGCUUGUCUGAUCCGUCGACCUCUUGGGACACCGCGAAGGGCCCGUGGACGACGGGCGGUUGGAACACGGAUAGCAACCAGGGUCACCAACAACUGCCCGCCAUGUCGUUCGGUGAUGGACCUCCAUAUAGUGAAGAUGAAGACCUGCACAGUCCGGUGGUGACCUCGUCGCGCCAGCGCAAGAGGUCCACCUUAAACGAUCUGAACGGCAUGGUAGAUGAGCACGGCAUGUUGGUCGCUGGAAAUGCAGACCGCGGCACAUUCGUCGGUCUGAACCCCGAUGGAAGCGAGACCUACUAUGUGAAUGACGGGGAUGGAAUGGGAGACGGCCCUGGUGGAGAAUAUGUGACAUACCCAGCAAAUGAAGGACGGUACUCGGUAGCAUAUGGUGGCCAGCCAGGCUAUGCGCAGGAACCUGGAUUCGAGUCAGAACAUGACUAUACACGUGGAAAUCGAUAUUCGAAUGAUUAUCAAUUUGCCGUUGGCUGUCCGGACGAAGAGAUGCACGGAAAGGCCGUCGCACUCUUUGACUUUGUGCGCGAGCACGAAAACGAGCUCCCCCUCACCGAGGGCCAAGUGAUCUAUGUCUCAUACCGCCAUGGUGAAGGCUGGUUGGUCGCCGAGGACCCGAAAACGGGGGAGAAUGGUCUCGUGCCGGAGCAGUUUGUUCGGCUUCUCCGAGACAUUGAAGGUGGAUUGACCUCGUUGAACGGGGAGCCCAAUCCGGAUGCCACCGAACACGGUUUAUCAACCAACAUGGAUAUGGCCGAGGAUGAUCGUAUCUCGACCCCUACCCAGGACAACCACAGAGGCACAAAUGGCGACACCCCGUCUUUCCCUGUUGAAGAUGAAGAGCAAUCCAAAUCUACAUCAGAGUCGGGAAAGACAGUUGGUGGCCCUGGCAAUCGAUCUAGCUUGAUGACAAAGACUUGACGGCCGCUGUACAACCUUAUACAUAAUCGGCUUCACUCAACAAAGGCCACGAAUCGGUAGCUGCAAGCUCCCCCGUUACGGGAGCUGUCCUAGUACCGAAUCAUUCCUUGGACUGUCAAAGCCAAUGAGCGAGCUUCUUCUCACCCUUCUAUCAGAGAGGGUUUCAAAAUCGGGCUCCUCAGAUCACGCAGUUACCACCGCCAUGCGCCAUUUGCUUUCAUGGACCCCUUGAGAUGCAUUUAGGUUAGCAUUGCCGGCCAAGCGCAUUCAGAAGAGAUUCAAGAACACAAGCCUCGCGCCUGCUGGCCAAUCAACAUGUCAAACCCCACACAUUAAAGCUGGUUCGGAAGAUUUCUGGUUCAGAAGAUUUAACACUCCUCUUCCGCUACAGCGUCAGCCUCGAUCACCCUUCACACUCCAUAAACCAUCCCUCUUCUCUGCACUUCAUCUAUCCUUGAUAUCCUAGCUCCCUCCCGCAAACCCCGCCAGCAUCUCUCCCGAUAAACCCUAAGAAAUCAAGGGCCACCAAGAGAGACAAGGAGAAUCAAAAUGGAACGCAGAUAUUUAUCUAUCCAUUUAUUCUAUACGAUCGCGCAACUGUCCUUCAUAUUCCCCCCUUGUUCUAUGUUCUGUCAACCUUAUUUAUACACUACCUAUACAUUACCUAUGAUUGCCUCUUUAUCCCGCCCUCUGUUCACCCCUUGUCUCCCCCUUCUCGCACUUGUAUCUAGCUUCCUUCAGCGCAGGCGUUGUCCUAGCAUCAAUUAGCAUCGGCGUAAUGCCUAUUUACCUUUUAUUUGAUCCUUUGUUUACUCAAGGGCAG